AAGGGGUCAGCUCCAAAGUACAUCGAGACACCAACUACGAGGAUGAAAAGUUGAGUGAUUCUUUGUACGGGUGUAGAGUGAGAUCAACACCCAGGAGAGAAGCCGAAAAAGAUCACAUCCAAGGAAGUAAUAAGAACAGUACUACUAGGGAGGGUAUUAGAAG